CAUCAUCUGGGCGACUCCCAGUGGUCUUUGCUAGACUAUCAUUACCGCUCUCUGUUGGCCUCAUUCAUGACACAUAGUCCCAGCUCCGAUCCACGCGAACCAGCGACCGCCACUGACCUCGAAUUACGCCCUCGAAAUAUUUGGUCUGGCCUCGGAUUGGUGCUCCAGUGCUCCGUUUGUCGUGAUCCGUUGUGUCCAACCCUGCCGCGUCCACUCACAUUUCACGCGAUCGCAUCCACUUUGAUAUGCAAACCUCGACCUUUUCAGUCCCGUUGUGAACGUCACACGCUUUUACGGCGCAAGCAUGGCCCGGUUGUUGGUACCGGCCCAACCUCUAGUUCCGGUCCCCCUGCCGAACGGGAUUGUGCGGCUUGUCUCAGUUCUUCCAGUCCUCCGGUCUCUGUCCGCACACAAGAUGCCGCAGUGCGUACGGUUCAAUCGCAACCCCAGCCGCUUCCCAGUUCACCCCAGUCGGCCUGUUUGCAUUUGCUCGCUUUCGCUUUACCAUUGGUUCUAACCCUUAUCGGGUUAACAGCAGCCGAGAUUGACGGGGAUGCCUUAUCGGGGAUCUGCUUUGUCGGUCGAAUCAAUAUAUGGGCCCGAGUUGGUCUCGUACUUGUUCCGUGCGCUGUUUGUUUGGUGAUAAAAUGUGUCUAUCUCGGUCGCGUGAUGCGGUCAUGUAUGCGUUUACGUCGUCCGUUCCUUCGGUCCCCGUUCCCGUCCGAUCAAGAAUUUGCUCAGCGUCUGGUCCGCUGCACGUACUCGUACGGUAUGUCCACUUUUUUCAUCCUAUUGUCGUUAUUGUCUUGCCAAAUCAGCCAUCGUCUUCUGGGCUUGGACAGUGAGGCUGCCCUCACAGCCUGUCUGGGGUCCGCAUCCAAAAGCAAGGCAGCAUCAUCUGCAAUCGUGGAUACUCAUGGUGCCCGAAUUGUGCACGAUGAACUGUCACCUACUGAUCCCGGGGGUCGAACUGUGCGUGCGACAGGACUCUCGUUCGCUCGUGUUCCCAUUGAGGUGUCCCCGCAACCGAGCACCGGGAGCAGUGUUUUCGCUGCCACCGCAGCAGCAGUAGUAGUCACACGAGACCAGGAUAUAUUACUUGGUCGUCUCAAUCCGUACGCCCCAAGUCCAGCACAAAUACACAAACCGAUGGCCGGACCGAUCCUCUUGCAUUUGCUCACCUACUUUGUGCUGAAUGUGAUCUUCGCCUCAAUGUGCCUAUUCGAUGUGUCAGUAAAGCAUAGCUGGCGUAAAUUUUGGAUACGCCUACGUGUUUCUUGUCGCCUUGGACGUUGGUGCGGUCAUUUACCGACAAAACGUGCCAUAAAUCAUUCACAUGCAGUUAAAAAGCUACUGUGUAAUUGUCUGUACAACAAUGUGGUUGGAUUCAGUUGGUGGGACCCCGGCCUGUUUCUUGUGCCUUUAUUCCACGAAGACUCCAGCUUGGCCGCAUCCAGUGUGAAGGAGACCAGCUCGACGUGUGAACUAGUUCACUUGGCUGAUGUGUUAUCCAGUUCGGAUUUGAAAUCACGUUCUCUUGGACGAGGUGAUCGUUUACUUUCCUCUGACGUCGCCUCAACCUCAUCGUGCAAGAUUCGUGGAGAGGAUAGUUGUAUGCCCAGAGACAUUGAUAGUCAGUCACCACCCGCUGAUCGUCUCACCGGCGCAAACCCGGUAAAUUCGACCGGACCGGAUUUCCUCGUGAACACAAUAGAUUUACCGUUUCAUCCCGUUCCUGCCCCAUUUGAUGAUCUGAUCCCUCAUGUGGCACGUGUCAUAUCCCUGUACGAACACACAUCUCCUGAUCAUCCAACCUUAGUAUUUUUCCGUCAUCUAUAUGACCAAUUAGUUCAAUCUACCGGAAGUCCAACUGCUGUUGGCUUCACGACCACCGUGACUGCGAACAGAACAACCACGAUGACGACGGCAAGCAACAGUAGUCCUGAUCAUCGUCACCCGGAUCGACCGGCCACCGCAUCAGGAUUGGAACGACGACCGAACACUGCAUCCGGAAACGAACUUGUGUUAGUCAGUGAACCCGCGCAAUCCAGUUUAGUCCGAUCAAUGGCAGCCCUGUACGAUCAGUGCCAGAAGCAGUUGGUAGCAGCGAAUAACUUCUCCACUCGUCAUCGUAGCCGUCAUCGACGUCUUCUUCCGUCUCGAGCUUCAGCACGUCGAAAGAGUCAAUCUCGUAGCUUAUCCACCGGUGGACUCCACUGUCCUGUUUCCACGUCCUUCCGGCUGUCGAGUAAUGGAGGUGGUGGUGGUGGCACCAGCACGGGGGCCGGUUCGAUCGUCUCAGCCACGUCCGAUCACCCGGAGGAGUCACUUCCAGAGCUGCUUCGUGCAGCUGCGUCCGUCCUGGCUGCGGCGGCUACUGGGACCUCGGUACGCAGUCCUACUGAUCCGCGAACUAGCGGCCCAGAUAGUGACCGUGACACUCGCCCUCGUCAACGUCGUCUCAGUCAGUCUGUCAUUUCUUCGACUUUGUCCACACAACAAUUGAAUCAAUCCAGCGGAGUGGCUUCGGGUGAGAACAUUGAUUCUGAAACAAUUCGGGCUUUUUAA